AUGGCCCCGGCUGCUGACAUGACUUCUGUGCCACUCGGUGUGAAAGUGGAGGACUCGGCCUUCGGCAAGCCGGCGGGGGGCGGCGGGGGCCCGGCCCCCAGCGGCAUCGCAGCGGCGGCCGCCAUGGGCACCGACGAGGAGGGGGCCAAGCCCAAAGCGUCCCCUUCCCUCCUGCCCUUCAGCGUGGAGGCGCUGAUGGCCGACCACAGGAAGCCCGGGGCCAAGGAGAGCGCCCUGGCGGCCUCCGAGGGCGCGCCGGCGGCGGCGGGCGGCUCCGCGCAGCCCCUGGGCGCCCGGCCCGGCUCGCUGGGCGCCCCGGACGCUCCGUCCUCGCCGCGGCCGCUCGGCCAUUUCUCGGUGGGAGGACUCCUCAAACUCCCCGAAGAGGCGCUGGUCAAAGCCGAGAGCCCCGAGAAGCCCGAGAGGACCCCGUGGAUGCAGAGCCCCCGCUUCUCCCCGCCCCCAGCCAGGCGCCUGAGCCCCCCAGCAUGCACCCUGCGCAAGCACAAGACCAACCGCAAGCCGCGGACGCCCUUCACCACGGCGCAGCUGCUGGCGCUGGAGCGCAAGUUCCGGCAGAAGCAGUACCUGUCCAUCGCCGAGCGCGCCGAGUUCUCCAGCUCGCUCAGCCUCACCGAGACGCAGGUGAAGAUCUGGUUCCAGAACCGCCGCGCCAAGGCCAAGAGACUGCAGGAGGCCGAGCUGGAGAAGCUGAAGAUGGCCGCCAAGCCCAUGCUGCCCCCGGCCGCCUUCGGCCUCUCCUUCCCGCUGGGCGGCCCCGCCGCUGUGGCUGCGGCGGCCGGCGCCUCGCUCUACGGCGCCUCCGGCCCCUUCCAGCGCGCCGCGCUGCCCGUGGCGCCCGUGGGACUGUACACGGCCCAUGUGGGCUACAGCAUGUACCACCUGACAUAG